CCUGCACACACACCGACUCGCCGCCGAGCGAGGCCGCCUCCGAAGCCGUCCCACCUACGCAGCAACGAGGCUACGCUGCCUUGCAUGUCCUGGCCGCCGCAGUCAUGACCGCCGCGGACGGCUACAGCACCCUUCAGCUCUGCCUUGCGUGGGCCAUCGUCGUCUGGUACAUCGCCCUGUGGUCUCUGGGACUCCUGGGCUGUCGUGCUGCGCGCAGAAGGUACAGGAAUCGACGACCAUCUCCACUCGCAUCCGCAGACGCGUCCGCUGUGCCUGGUGUAUCCAUAUUACGACCUCUGAAAGGGCUCGAUACGAACCUGUACGAAAACCUGGAAUCCACAUUCACUCAAGACUACCCAAACUACGAAAUCUUCCUCUGCGUGGCAGACGAGAAUGACCAGGCACUACCAAUUGUGCGCGAUCUCAUGGCAAAGUAUCCGAAUGUGAAUGCACGUCUAAUGAUAGGCGAAGAACUCGUAGGAGUCAAUCCUAAAAUAAACAAUCUCAUGCGUUCCUACCGAGCUGCGGCGAAUGAUAUUCUCUGGGUACUCGACUCCAACGUCAUGGUCGCCCCAGGCACUCUGGCUCAUUCAGUAGAAGCCCUCGACGGACCCGCCGACCUACCAUCGUCGCGUCGACGGAUCGCCCUAGUACACCAUGUACCAUUCGCUUGGUCGAGCGAGUACGCGCUGGGUUCACGUAUUGAAGAAGCCUUCCUCGAUACAAAUCACGCCAAGAUGUACAUCGCUAUCAAUACUGUAGCUAUCGACAGCUGCGUCAUGGGCAAAUCGAACCUUUACCGCCGCUCGGAUCUGGAACGCGUGGAUGGCUCACUCAAACCUAUUGCCAACGCGGCAGAAGGGGGCAGUCAACCUGGGCCGAAGGGGCUCGCCGCCUUUGGCCGCUUCCUUGCCGAAGACAACAUGAUCGCCGCUGCUCUAUGGCACGAGCUUGGGUUGCGGCAUGAACUGUCAUGCGAUGUGGCGAGGAAUGCGGUUGGCAAUAUGAGCCUAGCUGACUACAUUUGGCGUCGUGUGCGAUGGAUCAGAGUUAGGAAGCACAUGGUCCUUGCCGCAACAUUAGUUGAACCCUUCACGGAGUCCUUCAUGGCGGGCAGCCUCGCAGCGAUUGGCUUGCGCUACCUAUUCGGCAUCACGCCUUGGCUGUUCCUACCUCUUCACUUCAUUCUAUGGCUUCUCGUGGAUUUGGACGUCUGCGACUCGUUAUCCGGGCAACGUGCCCCACUGCAAGCUCGGUUGGCUUUCAUCGGCGCAUGGUCCGCGAGGGAAUCGUUGGCCUUCCCCAUAUGGGUCUUCGCUGUUUUUGGGAGCGAAGUGGAGUGGAGAGGGAGGCGGUACCAGGUGUUGCGGAAUGGCGAGGUCAAGCUAGCACACAGUGAAGGGAAUGGUUGGUUUGGGAUGGGUAGCAGGACGUCUAGUCGCGGAUACGAGCCUCUCGAAGUUUCACAAUGAUCACACCAGACCUCAACGGCAGUUCAGCUAUAACCUCACGCCGCGACUUUUCGACUCGCGCUUGUUGAGGCGAUGGCUAAAUGACCUCGGACCUCUUGGGCAGGCCCUACUAGUAGUAGUGAUAACCCCGAACCUGCCGUAUUGAUGGACGGCACAUCUGCAUGCCACUAUUUGCAUCUGAACGUGUAUGACCUCGACGAGAGUAUCUUCGCAGCAUGUAGAGUAGCGUCGGCAAUGUUGAGUAGCGUACAAUCAAUACGUCAUGGAUGUGAGUACGAC